AUGGAUCUAAAACCACAUAAAGUUGUAAAUAUGAAUGAAGACCAGGCGGAUUCUGUUGUGGAAUCAUGGAUCACACAAAUUAUGAAUGAAGAGACUGACGAUGAAGAUGCUGGCCAGUCACACGGUGUCAUGAUGCCCACAAAUGACGACAUACACAACUCGGAUAGGGAAGAUGGUGAGUUCAUUCACAGUGAACACAACACUGAUUCGGAAUCUGGUAAUGAAGAGCAACCUGAGGUACCUGCGACCGAUGAUUUCGUGUCCGACUGUUUUACUAUCGGCAGCAUAGUUGCCACCAAAACUUGCUAUAAUGAGGACAUAGAAGGAGAGGUUUUAGCUUUUGAUCCUCAAACGAAAAUGCUAAUUCUUAAAUGCCCGUCUUCUAGCGGCAAUCCAAAGCGUCACGAUGUCAACAUUGUUAACCUAUCGCUGGUCAGCGACGUGCAAAUAAAGAAAGAAGUGACCACGGUUCCUGAACCUCCUCAGUCCUUGAAUCUACACAGAUUGAACACGAGAGUGCGGAACUCUAUAGAAAAUAAGAGAAGAUUAGUAUCUGCACUAUCUGCCUGUCUGGAUCCCGAGGGCCAAAGACUGUUCCUAGCUAUUGCAAGGGUCAUUGAUGAUGUCUCAUGGGCCGGUCAGAAUAUCAGGGUCUACAAUGAAGUCACCAUCACACCACCAUAUAAGGUAGAGAAUGUCUUAGGCGAGCAGGACUCAAAACCUUACAAUUACAUACGGAAAUUCGUAGAAAGACAUUGGAAAGAUCACCGCGACCAUGCGGCCGCCUCGCACUCGAAUCAGCAGUAA